AUGUCAUUAGAAGAGCAAUCAGCGGCUCGCAAAGCUCGUCUUUUAGCACUGCGGAACAAAGGUAAAACAUCAGAGCAAACAAGCCAAACAAGCCAGCAUACUACAGAAACAGCUACACAAGCUCAAGAUCCGGUUAUAAAGAGUCGAAAUUACGAUCCAGAGACUCGCACCACCGUGAAGGGGUUCUCUCGUCCGCCUACAACGCUCGAUGAGAACUCUGAGACUGUUGAAGCGGUGUCGCAGGCGAUUCAAGAUGAGGUGCUCUCCAAGUUUAGAGAUAUGGCCAACGUUGGCGAUGUCAAGGCUGUGUUCAAACAGAAGAAGAUCACGUGGGACCUCGAAAGGGAUAUCUCUGACGAUUUGAAGCUUCUGGAUGAGAGGACUGAUGAUGUUAUUCACGAGGUUGUGAGACAUCGUAUUCAAACACUUAGACAAGAGAAACAAGAGUGA